UCCCCCUAAAUAAUUGUUUGUAUUCCGUAGAUUAAGUUCAUAGGUCAUUCGAAGUAAUCUAGACAAAAGGGAAUCGGCAAUUAGCCUUAAAUGUGCUACCGCCGCUGGCCUGGCUGUCUCUAUUAAUGAGUAGUCUGGUCACCCCACAUAGUAUAUAGUACAUAGACAAAAGGGAAUUUGUAACUAAUUUAUGUUAAAUUAUUACUCCAGAUCUAUCAACAAAUCAAUUGCGAACUGGUCGUUUGUGACAGCUUUGGCGUCACUGUUCUCCUUCUUUGAUGUUAUGGAAUGGCCGCGAUUAAUCACAACCUCCACAGAACGGGAACUGUCUUUCAUACGAACCUGGCUCGUGAAUGUGUACCCGCUUGAGGUGAUGUCACUUGUGGAGGAGGUGUUAACCGAAUUGGAAGCUGGAUUCGAGGAUGUUCAAGCUCCAAACCCUCGGAGAAAGGUGACCUGCUGGUUUUUGGCUGCCGUGGGGGCCGUGCCUAGGUUGCUGGAAUGGGAUAGUUUGAAUGGGGCAAAUGUGGAUGAAGGGAGGGGGGGGGGCAAGAAAAAUGUGGGUGCGAAAAGUGGGGAAUUGUGGUCGAAUUAAUUAUUUGGAUGAUGAAGGUGGCGUCACCUAAGAGCGAGAUGGUGCUCCAGGUGGUGGAGAUGGUGAGGUUUGGAGUCUUUCAUGUUGGUGUAGCAGGCUGGAUUUUUUACGUCAUGUUCAAAAAUCGGGGAAAAUACAUGUACCUACGAACCGUCCCUACAAUUUGGGGAAUGACUUCUCGACUGAAACGAAUUCGUUUCUUGUUGUCGUACACCAUGUUGUUUGUCCUCCUCUGGAUCCCAUUCGGACUUGUCGCCUCCUACGACCAAAUCUACGACAGGACUAAAGUCGUACUGGAAAUGGAGGAAAAUGUCGUCUUUGCAAACCUUGCAAAAUUCUGGAUCGCCGUUUUCAUGGGAUACACACCAAUGCUCUGCUUCUGGAUCGAAGGUAUAACUCGGCUGGGAGAGAAUUUCUGUGCGAGGCUGUUCUGCAAGAGAGGGAACAUAGAUCGUCGUCACAUCUCCAUCAUGAUGGUCAGGAUAAGGCCCUCGUCCCGGUCGGAACCCGGGCAACAAAUCCCAUCCGGAGGUAGCGAGUUCUUUGUGUAAGCAGGGCUGGGAAAAAUGGCACAAAUCACAUGGCAAAAAUCCUCGAGUUGAAUGACAACUUCAAAGCAAAAUAUUGUUUAAGUAACAUCAAAUGAAGAUGUGUAGAAGCAAAUGUGCGGCAAAGAAAAUUAGUAGAUAAUUCUCAGUAGAAGUUGCGUCAAAUUGUUUUGUUUGGAAAUUAUGCAAACAUACGCUGUGUUAAUAAUAUUGGAUAUUCGUAUAAUACAUAUGCGCUUGUGGGAAUUGAUGUCGAUUUGGGUUUUGACCUCCGAUGGAAAAGGCAAGAGAAUAUGUGUAUAGUUAAGAAUUGAAUUAAUAGUUUGAUUUGAAGGGGCCGUUCAAGGUAAAUAUGAGUGCGUUUUGAUCUUUAUGUGUCAGCGUGAUUUUUUUAUAUACGUAACUCCUUAUCCAAUCCCCACGUAGUUUGGAAGAAAGUUGAUACACUCGGAACUAAAUUUUCACAAAGUCAUAAGGGAUGUUUCCGAGGUUUCAGUCGCGUAAAAGGAAGCUACCACGUUUUUCUUACCAAGUUUUUUACUUUUUUACUUUUUACCAAGUGGUUUACCAAGUUAUUCCCGCGUAAAAUUUAUAUUUAGCUCGUUAUUUAGCCAAAUCCCUGCACGGAUUUUCAAAAUUUUUAACUAAAAUAUUUAAAUCUAUCAACAAAUAUAACAAUUGCUUAUUUGCUUGUAUCUUAAACUUUUGAUUUUUGUCAUCAUUUUAAGUGAGAAUGUAUGAAAUUCUCAUGGAUUACGACAUUUCUAACCUAUAAAAGUUCUAGAGGUUUGAAAUUGGUCGAAUAAAGAAUUCUUUGAGUUUGGGGCCACACCUAGACGUGGAAUUUGAAUUUUUCACGUAAAUAUGAAUGGAUCCUAAAUAAAGGAUUCUGGUAGAUUCUUAAAAACAUAGUGGAUGACAUGUGCAUGACGGGAACCUCGUAAGUUUUCCUUGCAAGGGUAAACUUUACUCUUUAAUCACCUCAGCGGUUCCCUGAAUUUACAUACAUAAAAUACUGUCCAACACAUAAAGUUCAGAGUGCACUAACAAUGGAGGUCUCCCAACCUAUGCUUACAAAUUUGGCCCAAACUUGCGUCACUCACAAAUAUAAUAAUAUGCAAUUUGCCAAUGGAACUAUCUGCCAAUGCGCAGGUUUGGCGUAGAUAUUUGCAUCCAA